AUGGACAUCGAAGCAUAUUUUGAAAGAAUUGGUUAUAAGAGCCCUGGGAACAAACUGGACUUGAGAACAUUGACUGACAUUCUUCAGCACCACAUCCGAGCCAUUCCCUUUGAGAACCUUAAUAUCCAUUGUGGGCAAUACAUGGACUUGGGCUUGGAGGCCAUUUUUGAUCAAAUUGUGAGGAGGAACCGGGGUGGGUGGUGUCUCCAGGUCAACCAACUUCUGUACUGGGCUCUGACCACAGUCGGAUUUGACACCACAAUGCUGGGUGGCAAUGUUUAUAGCAUCCACACCAGCAAAUACAGUCAUGCUAUGAUUCACCUGCUAAUGAAGGUGACUGUCGAUGGCAGGGACUACAUUGUCGAUGCCGGGUUUGGAGGCUCCUACCAAAUGUGGCAGCCUCUGGAGUUAAUCUCUGGGAAGGAUCAGCCUCAGGUGCCCUGCAUCUUCUGCUUGACAGAAGAGACAGGAACCUGGUACCUGGACCAAAUCAGAAGGGAGCAGUACAUUCCAGACCAGGAAUUUCUUAAUUCUGAUCUCCUGGAAAAGAAUAAAUACCGAAAAAUCUACUCCUUUACUCUUGUGCCUCGAGCAAUUGAAGAUUUUGAGUCUGUGAAUACUUACUUCCAGACACACCCAGCAUCUUUUUUCAGAAAGGAGUCAUUCUCUUCCUUGCAGACCUCAGAUGGGGUCCACUGCUUAGUGGGCCUGAUUCUCACCUGCAGGACAUUCAAUUAUAGGGACAACUUGGAUCUGGUGGAGUUUAAGACACUGAAUGAGGAAGAGGUAGAAGAAGAACUGAAAAAUAAAUUUAAUAUUUCCUUGGAAAGAAAGUUUGUGCCCAAGCGUGGUAACAAAUGUUUUAUGAUUUAGAGUAAGGACAAAAAAAAUGUUUGGUAUUACUUCAGGUACUGAAACUUCUUACUGUGGAAAAUUGCAAACAUACUCAAAAGCAGAGCGAAUAGAAUAAUACAUUCCUAUGUAUUCAUCACUAGCUCAUUAAACUCCUAGAUUAUUUUGAAGAAAAUAAGAGAUAAGAACAAAUAAGAUAAUUCAGACAUCAAAUAGUUUCACUUGUAAAAACGUCAGUAUAUAUCACUAAAUGAUAACUUCUUAAAAUUAAAAACAGCACAAUCAUACAACUUACCAAAACUGAUAAUAGUAAGGGUAUUUAAGGAUGGCUUGGCGUUAUGUUGGGAAUCACAGUUAUUUAUACCAAGAAGCUUUCAACACUUGGUUAAGUGUUGAAUUUAUAGAAAAUGUUUAAUGGUUGGGUAACAAAAUUUUGAGGAGAUCAUUUCAUUAAAUUCAACCAGAAUUUAUUCAAUGUCUAGUUUUUAAAAAAUAUUGUGUGUGCAACUUGGGAUUGGAAUUCAACAGUGAAGAAUGUGAUGUGAUACUAGCUUCCAAACAACUCACUAGUUCUCAGGAUUCCAAACAACUCACUAGUUCUCAGGAGGAGACUUAAACCAAUAUGUGAUGGCAUGUGAAACUUGUAACGAUCUCAUCUUGCAAACACAAGCAAAACUUGACAGGUUAUUUCCUAUAACUGCCUCUGAUAAUCAAAAACAAAACCUACUUGAUCUUUCUAAAAUGAUGUGCAAUAAUCACUGUUAACCAAUCCGCUGGCACCUGGAAAUCCACACGCUGAGAACCAUCACUGCAAAGGGUACAGGACUUCAGCAUUUCCCCUUCCUACAUGGCCUACAACUACAGGCCUUCGUGUUAUUCCUACAGCCUUCCUACAGCCCUGGGGGAGCUUCGUUUUACUUUCGGUUUGAAGUCUGCCAGUCCACAAACUGCUCUUUUAUAUGCUCAAUAAAUUCUUAAAAUUUAACUUGAUCUGACUUUAUUUUUGACAGGGCCAAGACACUGACGAGGCAAUUACUCCCUUUACAGUUCUUGCUGCCAUGGCUAUUCAUGGGCCAUUGUCUUGUUACAGGAAUAUUUGAGGUUCCAAUUUCCUUAUGACUCCUGCCCUGGGACUUCUCUGGUGUCACCUCUGCAUGGGAUGCCUGUGAGCAGUCAUGCAGGUCCAACCCAGUUAUUCCGGAGCUCCAUCCCACUGGAGGGCAUGUGAGGUAGCAUGGUCCACGUUCCAGAGUGAUCCCACCUGAGCAGGUACACCAGGAACAUUUAUGUUCUCCCAUCAUUUGUCUCCUCUAGAUUAAUGGGUUUGCCUUUCCUGGAGCCUCUCAAAACCACACACAGGACAUGUGGCUUCAGGCUCCGUUCGAGCAAGAACGGGGCCAAACACGAGGUCGCACCUCUCGCGGCCUGUGGCCAGUGCUGCUCGGAUAAUGGAGCUCGCCACGCUUUCUCAGCGGACAGACCUGAGUGAGAGGUGCACCAGGGCAGCCCAGCGCCCACAACUACAUUUCCCAGGGAUCCCCUGUGAUUCUAGACUCUGGGCGGAGCAGUGACAGCCGGUGAGGGCGCUUCCUGUGCCAGCCCUGCGGGUGCGAGGGCUGCAGGCAGCCUGGUUCCAGGUCCCAGCCCUGGGGGAGCUCGUCACCGCACAGCUGACCCAGCCUCUCGCUCUAAAGGAGUUUGUUAAUCGUCAAGUAUCAGCGCCAUCUUCCCCAGGGACCUGUCGUAUCUGCUCUGCAUGGGUUUAAAAAGUUCAGAGGCAACUUCAGAACCGGCGGACUUUACCUCGGAGUCUGCGCUUGCGCGCCUCCCGAGGAGGCAGAGGCCGCGCCCAGGACGCGCAGCGCUU